AUGCGGGGGGAUGCUGGCCGGCGCCCCUGUGCCGGGGCUACGCGGGGGCGGAGCACAGCGGAGCGGGAGGCCCGGCCGGAGCAGCCGUCCCGCACGGCCCCUCACAGCCCCGCACGGCCCCUCACGGCCCCGCACGGCCCCGCACGGCCCCUCACAGCCCGCACGGCCCCUCACAGCCCUGCACGGCCCCUCACGGCCCCUCACGGCCCCGCACAGCCCGCACGGCCCCUCACGGUCCCGCACGGCCCCGCACGGCCCCUCACGGCCCCGCACAGCCCCGCACAGCUCCGCGCAUCUCCGCACGGCCCCUCACAGCCCCGCACGGCCCCGCACGUCCCCGCACAGCUCCGCGCAUCUCCGCACAGCCCCUCACGGUCCCGCACGACCCCUCACGGUUCCGCACGGCCCCGCACAGCUCCGCACGGCCCCGCGGAGCCCAGCAGCGGCAGCCCUGAGCGGCCCCGGCGGCUCCCCAGGGAGCGGGGAAACGCCGCCGCAAACUCUUCGGACGUGAAAACGGCGCGGAGCGGGGCCGGCUGCUUUGCUGAAAGCGGGCGCACGUAUAUUGAGUUUGUCAGGGAUCAUAAAAUGCGAAUUGAUUAUUCAAACAGCCAUUGA